UUUGUUUGUCAGGAACUACACAGAGAGCGGUCAUGUUUGCGAUUUGACUGCAUAACCCUGGGCGGUGUUGAUAGUUAUCUGUCAACUUUGUGUUUUGUUGUGGAGUAUCAUUGGUGCUCCACUGCGUUAUCAGGUGAUUGAUUUGGGGUCUUGGACAACAAGCAGUUGCCAUAUGUUUCACGUUAUGCAAUGACAGUGACAGAGUGACUUUUUGCAGCUAAAACAAGCUAGCCCCGCUAGCCUUCUCGAUCGGUUCAGUCAAACAUCUUUAGGUCUCUGCUGAGAAGUUACGCGCUCGACAGGUGUCUGCCAUUCGCAGCUCGUAAAUCCUCUCCGUUAGUUUUUCAGCUUCAUUUUUGUGCUUCAAAUGGCUUUGGUAACUACGUUAAGACGGCUGGUUCAGAAUAGUCUACGUGAAUAUUCCCGGAAGGCGUCGGCAGUAACCUGGCCGACGAAACAAAGGAGUUUUUCCGUCGGCACACAGCCUCUCAGAUCGGACAACAAGGUGACUGUCAACUUCAUCAACCGAGAUGGGGAGAAGAUCACAGUGAAAGGAUCGCCUGGAGAUUCUCUGCUAGACGUUGUCAUCAACGAAGACCUCGACUUUGAUGGUUUUGGAGCGUGCGAGGGAACACUGGCGUGCUCCACAUGCCAUCUGAUCUUUGAUGAGGAGAUGUAUAAGAAGCUGGGGCCCAUCACAGACGAGGAAAUGGACAUGCUAGAUUUAGCCUACGGCCUGACUGACACAUCUCGUCUGGGUUGCCAGAUCUGCUUGACGAAGUCUCUGGAGGGAAUGGUAGCCAGGGUUCCAGAGAGUGUAGCCGACAUCCGACAGACCAAAGAUGGAUUAUCUUAACAGGAAACAUGUGGCUGAGAACAUGAGUGUAGAAAGUGAGGGUACAACACAUGCACACAGAGACGAUGGUAGGUGGAAUCUGUCAGUACUGCUGUGGGCUGCCAUAGAACUCUUUUCCCACUUUCUUUUAAUAAUAAAGUCAUAGCUUACUAAAGUGAGCUCUCAAAAACCAGGAAGUUCAAAUAUGCAAUUUUGACUUUCAAAUUAAUUUUUUUAUAGAAUGUAAACCUGCAGUACGCAAGAUUUUUAGACUAACAAGGCUGUAAUGCUCGGCUUACAGGAGAAACCUGCAGGCCUUAGUGUGGAAUCAAAAUAUUUAUGAGAUAUAAACUGCUGUCUGUUCUGUUUAUUUUAAUCACUGCCUGGGGGGGGAAAAAAAAAUACUUGUUGUACCUUUUCUUCCUGCCUAAUUUCCUAAUUGUGACUAAAUUUACAAUGUGAGCUCACGUUUAUAUCUCAGCACAGAGCUGGACCUUCUGGAAAUGUACACACUUCCUCUCACAUGAACAGUUAGUCAUGUCUGCGGAGGACCCAAACUGCCAAAAGAAAAUGUGACUUGGUAUGUAAAGUCAUGUAGAAUCAUAAACCUCCCAUAUAUCGCACUUUGACUGAUUUCAGUUCAAAGUGUCAGGUAUUUAAAAAAAGAUAUAUAUAUGAAAGCAAAUAUUAAUGCUGAAGAAAGUUAAACAUUAUUUUGUCAGUUUUUCUAAACACAUUUUAAUAGUUUUGUUCCAUUUACUGGAAUUCUUUUUUUUUUUUUGAUUUUGGUAUUUUUGGACUUCCAUGUCGACUCAACAAGGCUAAAGGAAAAGGUGGUACGCCUGACUGAAAUGUUCACGUAUUGAACAACAAGAAGUUCAACACCUUACAGAUUUCUUCUGCUGUCCCCUGAAAAAUGUUUAUUUUUGAUCAGAUCCUUCAUGUAACCUUAAUUUCAUCUUGUUUGUGUACACACAACCAUCUGCGUUAAAGAAUGAAAGAAAAAUAAAACUUCCUCUUUCUAGCA